AUACUUUCUUACACGCAUGGAAGAAAGCCACGCAGGCGUCUUUCCGAUUGAGACGAGACGUGGAGGAUGACGACGCGCCGGAAAGGAGAGCGAGGAGGAGGCCUUGGCGCUUGGCUUCCUUCAAACAGCUUCAAACCUUCAACAUCGCCGCUGGUUUCCCACGCACUCCACUCUAAGAUCUACAUAGUGCUGACCCUAUAUUAACGUCCAUAGAAGAACCGGACGACACUCGAAAAGCCAGCAACAGAGAUUCGUCACAAGCUCCGUUUCCAGUUGUCUCGUCAUGUCCGCCCUCACCUUCCACGAUGCCGCCAUCACAAUCGUGCCGCUGAACGGCGGCCCUCCUUCCCAGUUCGGCCGAGGGACCCUGAGCGUCGAGCAGGACACCGUUGGCAACAUCUUCCUCGUAGGUCCCGACUGGCGCCUGGCCCUCCCGGCCGAUACCCAAGCCGACAAACCCCAGCCCGGAACAUUCACAAUCCACUUGCCUGCUGAGGCCCGCUUGAAACGUACUACGGACGGCUCCGAAUAUGUGUUCCCACCAGGCUCAGCGAACCUCCGCGUCGACUUCAAUAACCCGGAACCGACCUCCCUUGCCGUGUUCGAGACCCUCUUCCUCGGUCCCGCCCCAGCCUACACGCCGUUCCCGCAACCUGGCGGCGCCGACGCGACGUACGGCCCAGCCACCGCAACCGACACCCACCACAAAAACAGUCUCGCCCUUGUCGAUGAGAAGGGUGACGUCGUGGGGGUGGUCGCAGAGGGUGUGGACCUGAAGAACGCAGACGGCGGGGGACCAAUUACAUACGGCGACAACGAAUCCGCUGUCAUUGAGAUUGAUAGUUUGCCCGUCGUGGACCUGGAUCAGCAGCACCGGGAUGAGCGGGUCACGGUCAGGGUGAAGGUUAUCCGGGACGCAUCGUCGACGGUCGUCAAGACAGGGACCUAUGUGUCCACCGGUCUGAUUGUGGGAUCUUCGGCGCUGGGGAAGGCUGUGAAGAGUGGAGCGAGUGCGUUGAAGACCAUGAUUCCUGUUGCUUCAACGCCAUGGACGCCCAGCCAAAGCACGAAAGACAACAUCGACAAGUUCCACAAGGGCACCCAACAAACCGCUAACCUGACUCGCCGAGCCGCUGAAACCAUCGCCGGAAUCGCCGUCUCCGCGGGCCAAAAGGUAGCCCAAUCCGCCACGAAAGCCGCCUCGCCCAACGGCGAUUACCGCACCCACUCGGCUUCAUGGGACCUGCUGAAGAACACCGUGCACGCCGUCAGCACCGUCCUGGAUGCUGCGGCGGACGCGGGCAAGUCGCUGUACGCGGAUACAGUUGAAGCCACCUCCGGCCUCGUUCAGCACCGCUAUGGAACAGAAGCGGGCGACGCAGUGCGCACGAGCUUGGGGGCAGUGGGACACGUCGGGCUCAUGUACUUUGAUGCCAAGGGGAUUGGUCGGCGCGCGUUCUUGAAAAAGGCCGCAAAGGGCGCCAUCACGAACGUCAAGCUGAAGGAUGGUCGUGUUGUCAGUCUGGGUGGUGCGAACAAUGGGCCGACCAUUGCUCAUUCACCGACCCCUGGACCUAGUAGUAGCGGCGGGUAUGCACCUGCAUCGAAAUCGAGUCAAUCGCCGUUCGGGAAAAAGUGAGAGGAUUUUACGCCCGGAAUCACAACUUGUAGGACAUAGGUAGAGGACGCUCCCUGUGAUUAGUACAAAUGUGGAUAGACAUUCCCAAAACUGAUUCGCGUCCCCACACCCUUAAAUGCCAAAAUGGAUAAGGAACUGAAUCCUUCUCAGAAGUUA